AUGUUAUCUGGACGAGUUACUUCGUUGCUGCAAAAAAUUUCUUCUCGACUUCUCAUCUGCGACAUUUCCUUACUUCAAAAGAAAUACCUUUCAGUUAAAAAGGAACAGGAUAUUGAAGAAAUUGUUCAAGCCUUGAAUCGACAAAUAAGUGAAUACAGAAAAUAUCUUGCCAGGCACAGUCACACCACUUAUCUUGGUAAGAAAGCGUUGUCCUCUGUGGAAAUUUUAACAAAAGAACUGGCAGACAUAGAGCAAAUGAACAAAAAAACACCUCCAGCAAUCCCAUCUAGUGUAUCAAUCGAAAUUAUAAGCAAUGGAACAACCCAUCUUAGGCCAUGUGUCGUUAUUCAUACUAAUUACAAAGAUUAUUUGUUUAAUUGUCCGGAAGGCACCUCACGAUUCCUGGCUUCGAAUCGUUUGAAAGCUAUUAAUCUUACCGAUAUCUUCUUUACACGAGAUACAUGGGAACAUUUUGCCGGCGUAUCAGGAUUGCUGAAAACGCCAGUAGCUUCAUCAUCAUCCAAACUUGAUCGAGUUAUCAGGUUGCAUGGUUCUCAUAACAAGAUGAAGUAUUUUGAGUCCCAAAAUGAUCAUACUGAUGCUGAUUUUCCGUCAACCGUGACCACCAAACUAGAUAUAGCUUUCUUGGUUGAAUUAAAGCCGCUGCAAAGGCCCUUGGACAUCCAAAAAAUUAAGAAGCUGAAAAUCCCCAGUGGUCCUCACAUGAAGCAGCUGAAGGAUGGUGAAAAUAUUACGCUGUCUGAUGGACGUUUUAUUAAGGCAGAAGAAGUCUUAAGCGAUGUAAAGGCUAAGCCAUUGCAUGCUUGUCUUAUUGUUGAAUGCAGUGACCUAAGAAAGCUCCCAUCAUUGCAGAAUAAUACUUUACUUCGAGAUUAUAAUAGCCAAAACAAAAGUUUGCGGUAUAUCGUUCAUUUCACUGAAAAUUCGGUACUGAGUAAUGAUGAAUACAGAUCAUGGAUGGCUUCAUUUGGUGAAAGCGUGGAGCAUAUCAUUGUUAAUGGCACCGGCCCAUGUCUGCCUCACAUGGAGGCAAUGUAUCGUAUCAAUGUUAUCUUGAAUCACAUUUGCCCAAAGUUGUUUCCUCCUUUGCAUCCAAAAGGAUUCAAUGGUACGAUACAGCAGGAUGAUGAUUGCGAAAAGAACGGUAACUGUCUCUAUGUUAGACCAUUCCAGCGAUAUUUUCUGCGAAAACCUGUCAAUAUAGAUUCAUCACCACCUAACGUAUCGUUAACUCGUACUGAUUUGUUGCUACAACUGAAGGAAGACUCAGCAACUUCCGAAGCUAUUAAUUUAUUCACGUGCACAUCGAAUUUGCUAGAAAGCGCAGACACCUGGCCCCGGAUUUGUUUUCUUGGUACAUCAUCAGCCGUGCCUACUAGUUUCCGCAAUGUUAGUGCAUAUUUUCUUCAGUUUAACGAGAAUUCUUGUGUAUUUGUUGAUUGCGGCGAAGGAUCGUACGGUCAAUUACGCACUUUGUUUGGUGACACAGUCUGUGAAGAUCUGUUAUUGAAACUAAAUGCAGUUUUCAUUACACACGGUCAUCAGGAUCAUUAUCAUGGAAUUUUUACAAUUGUUCGAUGUCGAAAAGAAUUAUUUAUGAAAAGAGGCAUAACGUACAAGCCAUUAGUUGUGGCUGGUGGCAAUCAUGUUUUGAAAGUUUUCCGUGAUGUUGAUCGUAGUUUUGGUAACUAUACACGGGAUAUGCAUAUCGUGGAUAUCUCUAAGAUAUUAUGGACGCUUUCUCAGGAGAAAGGAGGUUCAGUGGAGGCAGUCGAUUUGACUGGUGAAAUGCCUUCUGAAAUUGCAAACACAGAGUAUCUUGGAUUUAAAAGUGUCGUUGCAGUUAAGGUGAAUCAUGCAAGAACUGCUGUUGGUUAUGUAUUUACUGAUUUGAAAGACCGGAAAUUUGUUUUCUCCGGUGACACAAUGCCUUGUAAGCAGCUUGUUAAUCAUGGAAAAGAUGCCCUAGUUCUUGUUCAUGAAUCGACUUUUGCGGAUGAUGAAGAGGCACAUGCCCUUUAUAAGAAACAUAGUACAAUGAAGCAAGCUUAUGAUGUUGCUACACAGAUGGGUGCGAAGAAUUUAGUCCUGACACAUUUUAGUGCGAAGUAUCCGAAGGUACCACCAUUACCAGAUUAUAUCGAAAAAGCGGGUAAUGUAACCGUUGCUAUGGACAAUAUGAUUGUUACACCGAGCGACCUAAAACUCUCAGCAAAACUCAUCCCCGUGCUGCGAACAGUUUUUGCGAAAGAAAUUGUCGAAAUAAUGCAGCGAUCUUUAAAAAGACAUAUUCAAGAAGACAUACUUGCGCAAAGAUUUAUUGAUACCCUUGGCGGUACAGUACAGAAGAAAAAAGCAUCCGAAGAUUUAACUUUUUUAGAUUCUGUUUCCUCAAGAAUUUCUUGA